AUGUCGAAGAAAGGCCCAGGUUCUAGCAGCAGUAAGAAGAAGAUGAAACCUUCCAAGGUUUCGAAAGUGCGGAAGCAGCCUUCUUUGAAACAGAAGCUCCAGAAGGAAUCCAAGAUUGUCAAGAUCAAUGACUUAGCGUGGAAACCAGUCGAGAUCCCUGACAACAUGGGCGACUAUGGUGGGUUUUAUGGGCUUGAAGAGAUUGACGGGGUGGAUAUGGAGGUUAUUGACGGAAAGCCCCAAUUUGUCGUACGCGAGGAUAAGACUACCAGUGCAGCAAGUGCCGUGACAGUCCUAGAUGAAGCUCGCGAAGCAGGUGAUGAUGAGAACGGAGAUGAGGACGACAUGAUAGCAGAUGACGACGAGAACGAAGACGAAGAAAACAAAGAAGAAGAAGAAGAAGAAGAAGAAGAAGAAGAAGAAGAGUUUACUGGCUUUGACGAUACUGACGACAUGUCUGUAAAUUCACCACCCGGUCAAGCAAGCGAGGGUGUACCGACAGAAAAAGAUGAGCUUCAAUUCAACGCAUUUGCCAACUUGGACCUACCGUUGCCAAGCGACGACGAUAUAGACUUACCAGAUUGGGAAGAAGACAACUUUGACACGAGCUUGAGUCCGUACAUUUUAAACGGAUUGUCCCACCUCCAAUUCAACACUCCCACCCCAAUCCAAAAGCAAACUAUACCACUCGCACUACAGGGCAAGGACGUUGUCGGUAAGGCAACCACCGGUUCCGGUAAGACUUUGGCUUAUGGUAUCCCCAUACUUGAAAAGUACAUACAAUCACUAUCUGAAGUGAAACAAAAUGUAAAUGAAAAACGGGUAAACCACCCUACGGGUAUCAUCUUUACCCCAACGAGAGAAUUGGCGCACCAAGUGGUUGAUCAUUUGAACAGGUUGGCACAGUUUGCACCACUCUCGACAAAGGGUAUCGUAAGUGUCACGGGUGGGUUGUCGAUUCAAAAACAACAAAGGCUUCUUGGGUUUGGUCCCGCAAUCAUUGUGGCCACACCGGGCCGUAUGUUGGAAUUGUGUCAAAACGAUGAAGAGUUGGUGGAACGAUUGAGCAUGACCAACGUCAUUGUGCUCGAUGAGGCCGACCGAUUGUUGCAAGAGGGCCAUUUUGAAGAAUUUGAAAAAAUCUUGGAGUUGUUUUCGAAAAAGCGACCUAGAAAUGACAAAAAAAAUAGGGAUGUGCCUUGGAAAUGGCAAACUUUGGUGUUUAGUGCUACGUUCUCGAGGGAUUUGUUUGGCAAGCUAGACAAGCAUCAAAAACACCAAAAGGCAACAGAUAGUGGCAACUCCUUGGUUCAAAACGACGAGAUUAUAGACUUGUUGAAUGAGAAGUUGAAGUUCAAGGAUAAAAAACCCAUGUUGGUAGAUGCAAACCCCAAAGAAGUUGUCUCGGGUCAGAUUACCGAGGCGUUGGUUGAGUGUGGUCCGCUUGAACGAGACUUGUACUUGUACUAUUUCUUGUUGAUGUACAAGGGCUCUACUUUGGUGUUUGCCAACUCCAUCGACUCAGUAAAGAGACUCGUGCCCUUACUCAACAAUCUCAAGAUCCCCGCUUUCGCCAUCCACUCGUCCAUGAUUCAAAAGCAGAGGCUUCGCUCCUUGGAAAAAUUCAAAGAAGCAAGCGAAAAGAACCAGACUGCCGUGUUGGUUGCAUCCGAUGUGGCAGCUAGAGGCUUAGAUGUUCCCAGCAUCGAUCAUGUUGCCCACUACCAUUUGCCACGAUCGGCAGAUGUGUACAUCCACCGUUCGGGAAGAACCGCGAGAGCUGGCAAGGAAGGUGUCUCGGUGAUGUUUUGCUCGCCGCAGGAGGCAUCGGGACCGUUGCGGAAAUUGCGCAGAUUGGUCGCGAGCAACGCCGAUAAGAACAAGAGAAUCAGCGUGCAUCAAAACGACGUCAAGUUGUUGCCUAUUGAAAUGGAUUUGGUGACGCAGUUGAAGCCGCGAGUUGAACUCGCUGGACGCUUAGCUGAUGCUAAUCUUUCAUCUACCGCCUCGAGGAAGGAAAACACGUGGGUGAAACAAGCGGCCGAGGAUCUCGGGGUGGAAGACUUGCACGAUCUCGACGAUUUUGAAGACGACAUCAUCAAGAAACAGCGAAAGAGACAAGAAAAUCGGCUGUUGACCAAGGAGGAGCAAAAGAGGCUUCGGUUUGAAUUGAAGGAGUUGCUUGCAAAUCCCAUCCGCAAAAACAACAGGAGAUCGUACAUCACCACAGGUCUUGAAAACUUGGCACAUCAAAUGGUGCAAGGCAAGCACCAUGAAGACGUCUUGGGGCAUGCAAAAGUCAAAGCAUUAAAGGAUUUGCAGAAAAAUGGAAGCAGCAUCAAGCCCGUGAAGAAUAACCGGAUCGAGAAAAUUGCAAAGAUUAACGAGCGCAAACAGAGCAGGAAAGAUGCAAAGAAGGAAGCGAAACAGAAAAGACUAGAGCUCAAGCACGGAGGUGGGAACCAGAACAAGAACGAGAGCGAUCUGGAAUAA